ACAUUUGUUCCAAUUACAUUUGCUUUAUAGUUCAGUAUGAAUUUUCAAUAGAUAGGUUUGAGAUAAGAAAGCAGCAAUUCAAAUGCAAUUAUAUAAACAGUACACUCAGCCUGGUAUUAGCUUGGAGAGUAUAAAGCACAGUGAGAGCUUGUGCUAGGUCACAGCCUCUCCAACUCCACAAUGCAGACUCAGGCUCCUGUACUGAGGAAAGAUUCAGCUGCCAACAGCAUGAGUCCCAUCUUUCUGAUGUCCCUUCUCUUUGGCCUGACUUUUGGGCAGGCAAUGUCUUUUUGUGCACCCACUGAGUAUAUCAUCCACGUGGAAAAGAGAGAAUGUGCCUACUGCCUGGCCAUCAACACAACCAUCUGUGCUGGAUUCUGCAUGACACGGGACAGCAAUGGUAAGAAGCUGCUCCUCAAAAGCGCCCUGUCCCAGGAUGUGUGCACAUAUAAAGACAUGGUGUACAGAACAGUGGUACUCCCUGGCUGCCCACGACACACCGUCCCCUAUUACUCUUACCCAGUGGCAAUGAACUGCAAGUGUGGUAAAUGUAACACUGAUUACAGUGACUGCAUUCAUGAGACAGUCAGGACAGACUAUUGCACUAAACCACAGAAGUCCUAUAAUGUGUGAGCUUAUUACUGAAUGAGGUAGAAAUGUACCUUCUGCCCCACAGUUAGCUAGUGGCUAUCUAUAACUGACUCAUGAAUAAAAUUGUAUUUCACAACAGAUCUGCAAGUUGGUCUGUAGGAUUUUUUAAUCUAAAGGAAUCCUAGCAAAUUUACUGUUGUAUCACCCUGAGCAACUGCAACACUGGAGGGCACUGGUGGAAGUGAAGCGAGGCAAAAAGGAUAAAAAUAAUUGGUGUGCAGGGAGGAGUUAGGCAUUGCUAGGGGGAUGCGCCCUGGCCUAUUGGAUGAUGUUCUAAGAUGUGGUGAUGCUGCUGUGUCAUCUCCAGGCUCAACACCUGAUUGUGAUUAUUUAUUUUGGAUCUGUUCCAUGCCCCUUGGUGCCUUCUAGCCUGGGUCACUGCAAAGUGCUCAUUUCCUCUUUGCUCUCAGGUGCUGACAUACAUGUAUACAGCUUAAUACUGUCUGUCUGAGAGAGGCCUCUCCCCAUGUGUAGUGUCCUUGGGUGCGCAAGAGAUAUGUCUGUGGCUUUAAACAUCUGAGGUUGGGAAUUCCAGAAUCAAGGACUUUGCAUUGAAAAAAAACCCUUCCCCACUUGACUGAAGGAGCCUGGGUUUGUUGAGCUUUAUGGCUUAUCUGUAA